AUGACAUCUCGAACUAAUGCCCAGAUCGCCGAAAUCCGCAACGUCUACCAGCAGCUCUACCGUACUCCGCUCGAGAAGGAUCUUAUCGGUGAUACCAGCGGAUCUUUCCAGCGCCUGCUUGUCUCGUUGUGUGCUGGUGGCAGAGAUGAAUCCAACCGUACCGAUCCAUUGAGAGCAAACCAGGAUGCCAGAAAACUGUACAGCGCUGGUGAACGUCGCCUGGGAACGGAUGAGAGCUGUUUCAACGCAAUUCUCGCUACGAACAACUUCAGUCAACUUCGACUGAUUUUCGACGAAUAUCAGAAGGUGACAAAGCAUUCCAUCGAGAAGGCCAUCGAGGCCGAGUUCUCCGGUGACGUCAAAGAUGGUCUGCUUGCCAUAAUUGACGUCGCUCGUAACAGACCGGCAUACUUUGCCAAGCUACUCUAUCACAGUAUGAAGGGCCUUGGCACUAGGGACAGCGACCUGAUUCGACUGGUUGUUACUCGAUGUGAGUACGAUAUGGUUGACAUCCGAUCAGCUUUCCAGGCCAUGUACAAAAUGACAUUGGAAAAUAUGAUCAAAGGCGAUUGCUCUGGUUCUUACAAAGACGGUCUCAUCGCGUUGGUCACUGGAAAUGCCCAUGCCCACUAA